AAUCUGAAUGCUGUGACGAGGAGAGGCAGGAUCCCAAUAUUUAACACACAGGGCACUGAUACAUCUACACCUGUCACUGACUGCUCCUCAUGAAGAACUAAUGCACUUUAUCUCCCUCUUCACAUACUGAAGAUAUCCACACAUGGGACUGCCGAUCCGACAUCCGUGCGUUUCUUGAGAAGUCACAACGUGUUUUGUGAUUAUUUACCGGGACAUUUUACAGAUGCGUUUUAUCAUGAACCUGUAAAGAUGCGACAGGACAUCUGAUCCUCACCUAAAACCAAACAUGCCACUGGCAACUAUGCCGAACCGAAAUCUGUCUUGAUACAACUGGAAACAGCAGGAUGCAGAAGAAGAUUUUCGCACCUAUUUGAACAUGGAUCUCCCAUCAUAGCGAGGAUUACAGUAGGACACCACAUGCGCCCCUGAAUCUCUUUAUUAUAGCCUUUAUCGUAUUGUGGCAAGUGCUUUAGGUAGCCUAUAAUUAUGAUCCUCUUCCGUAAAUUUCGCGUGUUGAUUUUAAUGGUGUUUCUCGUCGCCUGCACCAUGCACAUCAUGAUAGACCUGUUACCCAAGCUGGAGAAGCGCGCGGCGGGCUCGAGCUCCAGCGCUGGAGGUGGAGGCGGCUGCUCCUGCGCUCACACACCGGGCGAGGAGUCUCGAUCCUGGGCCAAACAGCGCCCAAGAGCCGCCGCCGCCGAACCGGGCUGGCCUAAUAAACACUCUUUGAGAUUACUGCAGGAUUUCAGCAAUGAACCCAACUCCAACCUCACUUCGCACUCACGGGAGAAGGUGACGGAGAGAGCGGAGUCUGAGAAGAGAGUGAGGCAGCUGCAGCUGGGCUCGGAGAAGAGAGGUUUGAUGAGAGACAUAGUGAGCGGACAGAAGCAGAGAGCUGCCCAGGGUUCCUCCAGACUGAAGGCGCUCUAUGAGCAUCCCCUCUAUAAGACCGACCUGCCUCAUCUCUCUGAAGAGGACAGCUUGUUCAACCUCAACAGCGAUGUCAGAUUUUACCCCAAAGCUGCCGGACAACAAGAAUGGCAUAACGAGGGGAACGUGGAGGAAGAGGAGUACAGUCCAGCAGGGGAGGCCAGUGCUGAGUCAUAUCCCAACUGGCUCUGCUUCCACAUCGGGAUUAACCGAUACGAGCUCUACUCCAGACACAACCCCGUCAUCGGUGCCCUGCUGAAGGACCUGGUCUCCCAGAAGAUCACCAGUGUAGCAAUGAAGUCAGGUGGCACUCAGCUGAAGCUCAUCAUGUCAUUCCAGAACUACGGACAAGCCCUGUUCAAACCUAUGAAACAAACCAGGGAACAGGAGACACCCCCAGACUUCUUCUACUUCUCUGACUUUGAGCGACACAACGCAGAGAUCGCUGCAUUUCAUCUGGACAGAAUCCUGGAUUUCCGGAGAGUUCCCCCGGUGGCCGGCAGGCUGGUGAACAUGACACGGGAGAUCCGAGACGUGACCCGUGACAAAAAGCUCUGGCGGACAUUCUUCGUAUCCCCAGCCAACAACAUCUGCUUCUACGGCGAGUGCUCCUACUACUGCUCCACAGAGCAUGCCCUGUGUGGGAAGCCUGACCAGAUCGAGGGCUCCCUGGCUGCAUUUCUUCCUGACUUGGCACUAGCCAAGCGCAAGACCUGGAGGAACCCCUGGCGCCGCUCCUACCACAAACGCAAGAAAGCUGAGUGGGAAGUGGAUCCAGAUUAUUGUGAUGAAGUCAAACAGACUCCUCCGUAUGACCGAGGCACACGACUUCUGGACAUCAUGGACAUGACUAUUUUUGACUUUCUAAUGGGCAACAUGGAUCGCCACCAUUACGAGACUUUCGAGAAGUUUGGAAAUGAGACUUUCAUUAUUCAUUUGGACAACGGCAGAGGAUUUGGAAAGCAUUCACAUGAUGAAAUGUCCAUCCUGGUCCCUUUGACUCAGUGCUGCCGAGUGAAGAGGUCAACGUACCUGCGGCUACAGCUGUUGGCUAAAGAGGAGUUCAAGCUGAGCUCUCUAAUGGAGGAAUCGCUACUGCAGGACCAGUUGGCACCCAUACUCAUCUGGCCCCACUUGGAGGCCAUGGACCGCCGCCUGCGCCUGGUGCUCAAGGUGCUGGCUGACUGCGUAGAGAAAGAAGGCUUCUUAUCAGUGGUGGAGAACGACCUGGAGGGACAGCCCUCCUCGCACCACCACCAGCCGCAUGGAGGGAGGUAGUGAGGCCUGAACCUCUGUUCCCUCCAGUCAAUUCCCCACCAUGAGCCCCACUGAGGCUUGUGCUCGAGUCACACUCUGAAUUCAAUGAAUUCCACACCACCAAUGCCUCUGAGGAGCCACCCUAUCAUAUGUGUAGAUGCAGAUGUACAGAGACACAGCUAUCAGAGGAACUCUGGAAUGAAGAAUUUGUUUCUGGAUGGCUUGUGUUUGAGCUGUGCUCGGAGCUGCAGUACAUACGUUUCUAUUGCAACCUGAUUUGUUUGACAAGUCUGCUGAUAUAAUUUAUUACAUUUGCAUAUUUCGAGUUGGCGAGUGUACAGAAGAGUUGGAACCAAAAGUUGGAACAGAUAUGAUUGUGGUUUUGGUACUCAGAUCUAUAUAUUCAAAAACACAACUGUUAUUUACUGUGCUCAUGAAGGUCUUUGACAUAAGGGCACGUAAACAAGCUUUAAUGAUAGUACUGCAGUGCAGUACUACUGUGCGAGGACACUUAAACACAUCCUUCUCUGUGCGUUCACAAUUCAACAUCAUUUCCUACCAUCUGAACUAAGUCAUCAUUUACAUUGCACAUCGUGCCAUCAAGAAUUCAGUCAUCGUGUCAGAUUCAGCACAUUUGUUAUUUCACUUAGGGAAAUUCAGAGGUGAAGUGUGCGCUUCAUUUGAGGUUAUUCAGUGGUGAAGCACGUGUUUAAACGUCUCCGUGGAGAACGAGAGAAUCAUGCUGAUUGGUUCUUCAGGCAUCCUGUGUCCGCAGUCAGUGUUUCCCAUCUCAGGCCUCAUGCUGAAUACACCUGCUUUCUCUUAAUGAGAACCUUAAGGACGGGCUGAUGCUAGGCUAGCAUAAGUUCAUAAUGAUGUUAGUCAUACUUCACGCUGCAGGUUUCUCUUGUCUCAUCUGGUGGAGUGAUUUCAGUGCUUGAUUAUAAAGUAGGGCACAGGCUCAAGGGAAUGAAACAAACCAAUAGGAUGUGUAGGGGAACUGAGAGGAAACAACAUUCCAAGUUCUUUCAUGUUAAAAAGAGUUUUUGUCCUAACCAACGAGACCAGUGGAGUCGAAUCCUGUUUCUG